AUGGCCGUUUUGGCCAAUUUUGGGAUGUUUGGAGCUUGUCUUGAUCUUGACAAGAGAUUCACUGGCAGAAACACUUAUGAUGUUGUGAGAAGUGGAGUUCCUAACAUUUGUGCUGUUGCAUUAGCUCUCAGUGAUUUAGGCUUAACAAUUCAACAUUUUCCUCUAUAUGCAGGUUAUGGACAUUCUUGGUCCAAGUUUGUGGGAUGUAUGAUAUACCUCAGGCCAGUGAUUAGUAUAAGCUUAACUGAUGCGGGUCAUGAUUCUAAGGCAAAGGGUUUUGACGAUUCAUCCUACGAGUUUGGAGAAUUUCUCUUUCUCUACCGACUCGAACCCUUCGAACCGGUUCACUUUCCAUUCAGGGACAGGGAGUUACCCCGACGAACCUUAUCUGCUCCCGCUGUCAACCCACGCAUGCGGUUUGGUUCGGAAGUUGUAGUGGAAGGAAAGGUGGAUGGACCUGAAGACUUGGCUUAUGAUAAGAGGAACCGUCUCAUCUACACUGGCUGCGACGACGGGUGGAUCAAGCGAAUUACAGUGAACAAAUCGGUGGCUGACUCGGUUGUUAAAAACUGGGUUAACACCGGUGGAAGACCACUUGGACUCGCUCUGGAAAAAACCGGUGAGCUCAUAGUUGCUGACGCUGUAUUGGGGCUAUUGAGAGUGACAGUAAAAGGAAAGGAAUCUAAGGUUGAAGUUCUGGCAAAUGAAUACGAUGGGUUGAAAUUCAAUUUAACAGAUGGAGUUGACGUAGGUGAAGAUGGAACAAUUUAUUUCACAGACGCAACAUACAAAUACAAUUUGAAGGAUUUCUAUUUUGAUAUUGCGGAACGUAAACCUCAUGGGAGAUUCAUGAGCUAUAAUCCAACAACAAAAAAAGUAACAUUACUUGCACGUAACCUCUACUUUGCUAAUGGAGUUGCAGUUGCACCAGAUCAAAAAUUCGUCGUCUACUGUGAGACUAUUUUGAAAAAUUUAGAUGCAAAUACAUGGAAGUGAAGAUAGCAGGAUUUUCAAAGUUAUGGAUACAUCAACAUACAAAUAUAAAAAAAAGGAUUUUUAUUUUAUUUUAAGUGAAAAUUCAAAUAUAGAAAAUAAUAAUAUGGAGUUGGAUAUAUACUAAGA